CCGGGGGGCGCAGCGCGGGCGGGGCGGCCCCGAGGUGCGGGAGCUGCCGGGCCGCGGCCCCGCUCCGCCCGGCUCUGCCCCGGCUGCUCGCGGCAGCCGGCACGCCGCCGCCGCCGCCGCCGAGCCGCAGCACGACGACGACGAGGAGGAGGAAGAGGAGGAGGAGGAGGAGGAGGAAGGUGCCGGCUCGCCCGCCCGCUCGCCCGGCAUGAGCGCGGCUUUCCAGCCCUCGCUGAUGAUGAUGCAGCGCCCGCUGGGAAGCAGCACGGCCUUCAGCAUCGACUCGCUGAUCGGCAGCCCCCCGCCGCCCGCCCCCGGGCACUUCGUGUACACCGGCUACCCCAUGUUCAUGCCCUACCGGCCCGUGGUGCUGCCGCCGCCGCCGCCGCCGCCCGCGCUGCCGCCCGCGCACCCGCACCACCACCCGCUGCCCAGCCUGCCCUCCGGCUUCUGCUCCAGCCUGGCCCAGGGCAUGGCGCUCACCUCCACGCUCAUGGCCACGCUGCCCGGCACCUUCCCCGCCUCGCCGCAGCACCAGGAGGCCGCCAGGAAGUUCGCGCCGCCGGGCAACUUCGAGAAAGGCGAGGGGAUGCCCCCGGACGGCGGCGGCGACGACGGCAAAGCCUUCCUGGGCAAGGACGGGGCCCUCCUGCCCUUCCCCGCCGCCGACGCCGUCCAGGCUUCCCUCGCCGGGGCUCUGCGCGGCCCGGGCAAGGAGGACCCCAAGGCGGAGGAGGACGCCAAAGGCAAGGAGGAAAGUUUCUCCAUGGACAGCGACCUCGAUUACAGCUCGGACGACAACAUCCCCGGGCAGGCGGCUCACAAGGAGGAGGACUCUGGCAACGCGCUGGAGGAGAGCGCCCAGAACCCGCCCAGCUCCAGCAGCACCACGUCCACGGGCAAAAACCGGCGGAGGCGAACAGCCUUCACCAGCGAGCAGCUGCUGGAGCUGGAGAAGGAAUUCCACUGCAAAAAGUACCUGUCCCUGACCGAGAGGUCCCAGAUCGCUCACGCCCUCAAACUCAGCGAGGUGCAGGUGAAAAUCUGGUUCCAGAACAGGCGGGCCAAAUGGAAACGGGUCAAGGCGGGCAACGCCAACUCCAAGACGGGGGAGCCGUCGCGGAACCCCAAGAUCGUGGUGCCCAUCCCGGUGCACGUCAGCAGGUUCGCGAUCAGGAGUCAGCACCAGCAGCUGGAGCAAGCCCGGCCCUGAUCCCUCCCUCGUCCCGCCAGGUUUUCACGGGAAAAGUUUCCAACCCGGGGUUUGAAGGCGACCCGCCCGCUUAGAAACAAAAACGAGAGAAGCAAAAAAAAACCAACCAAACAAAACAAACAAACCGGCAGCAGAAAAACCCACGGCAAAGAACUAGAACAGCACGAAAUAAAACAGGAAAAACAGAACCCCGCGCGAGCGCGUGGCAAAUCCCCGAACUCCAGAGCGGAACUUUCCGCUGACGGCGGCUUGGGAACGGUCUGGGUUGGGAGCAGGGAUGUCCCGGCUGGCAGAGGCACACGAGCCUCCCUCCCACUCCCCACACACACCCAGAGAUAUUUAUUGCGAGGCUGCCCCGCUCCGGGCGCCCUGGACGCGGAGCCGGCGCUGGAUCCCCUGCGCGGAGCAUCCCCGCGGCGCCUCUCGCCCUUUUGGGGUUUUCUUUCUUGUUCGGGGGCGAAAGGUAAAACAAAAAAAGCGACAAAAAGACGACAGAACGAACGAACAAACAAAAAAAAAUCCGAAAGAAAACUCAGAGUUUCAUUUCACGCCUUUUUUUAUUGUUUGGUUUUGUUGCCGAUGGCUGAGUGGCAGGCACUGGGGAAUGAGUUUUUAAAUCUUUUUUUUUUCUUUUUUCUUUUUUUUUUUUUGCCUGGCUUUCUGUCGAUUUGGUUUGCCUAUUCUACCAAGCCAUGU